AUGUCUGCACAGGACUAUUACGGGAGCUCCAAGGCCCAGUAUAACAAGCCCAAUAAUGAUCCACGAGCUCAACAACAUUAUCAACAACAACAGAAUAGGGGCUAUCAGCCGCAACAACAACAACAAUACCAACAGCCCCCACAGUAUUAUCAACAACCACAGCAGCCCCAGUACUACCAACAGCAACCACAACAGCCAAUUUAUGUACAGCAACAAGCUCCUCAAAGAGGAAACGAUGACUGUCUUGCAGCGUGUCUAGCGGCUAUGUGUGUCUGUCUAACAUUGAACGUCAUCUUUUAA